UUCUUGUGUUUGUUGAUUAUGGCGGGAGUGCCGAGGCACAUGCCGAAAGAUGCACAAGUAAUUUUUGCAAUAAUGAAAGACAUGGGGAUCCAGGACUAUGAUCAACGAGUUCUGACACAACUUCUGGAAUUCACGUAUCGUUAUGUCACAACUGUUCUGGAGGUCGCACGAGUGCUUGCAAACCAUGCAAAAAAGAAGGCAAUUGAUCUGGAUGAUCUGAAACUGGCUGUCCAGAUGACAACAGAUAGGAUAUUUACCAACCCUCCACCUCGAGAAAUUCUUUUAGACGUUGCUAGGACGAAAAACAGUACACCUUUGCCACUAGUGAAACCACAUUGUGGGCUAAGGUUACCACCUGACCGGUACUGUCUUUCAUCUUGCAGUUACCGACUGAAGAGUAUGAAAAAGCCACAGCCCAAGCAACAGAUGGUUCACCAUAUGGCUGGUAACACAGGCACGUACAUGUCUGGCUCAAUUACAAGUUUAUCAAACUCUGGGAAUGUUAAACUAUCUGGCAGUAAGCAGCAGCAGCAGCAACAACAGCAACAACAGCAGCAGCAACACAUAAACAAGACUGAUUAUUUGAGUACUGGUCUCAGAGCAGUAGACAUGGCUCAGAUGUCACAGCAAUACAAACCACGGCCACGGUCACUUUCAGAUGAAGAAAUUGUCACACCUUUGUAUGAAUCGGAUGCUGAAAAUGAUUCUGAAGUUGAGGACCUUGUGGAAGAUUCUGCAGAUGAAGAUUACCAACCUGUCGCUAAUGUGGAGUGA